CCUAGAGUAAGAAAGAGCCGCACACUAGCGGCGGCGCCGUCCUCUCGACCACAUCUCCGCCGCCUCCUCCGAUCACCGUUCCACCACGGCGACUUGACAUGGCUGCGGCAGCGCCGGCCUUUACCGGCAACCUGAAGAAAGCACUUGCAGGUUUGAGAAGAAUCAAUUUGGAUGGGUUGCGAUGGCGUGUAUUUGACGCGAAGGGUCAGGUGCUUGGACGGUUGGCAUCCCAAAUAGCUGUUGUGCUUCAAGGCAAGGAUAAACCAACUUAUGCACCACAUGUGGAAAAUGGAGACAUGUGCAUUGUACUUAAUGCAAAGGAUAUCAGUGUUACAGGAAGAAAAAUGACCGAUAAGAUUUACUACUGGCAUACAGGGUAUAUUGGCCAUCUGAAGGAAAGAAGGCUCAAGGACCAGAUGGAAAAGGACCCAACUGAAGUCAUUCGCAAAGCUGUUCUGCGCAUGCUUCCCCGCAACAAAUUGCGUGAUGACAGGGAUCGUAAAUUGAGGAUAUUUUCUGAAAGUGAGCAUCCAUUCCAUGACCGCCCUCUUGAACCUUUUGUGAUGCCGCCACGACAAGUACGGGAGAUGCGCCCCCGUGCAAGGCGUGCAUUGAUAAGGGCCCAGAAAAAAGAGCAGGCAAACAGAGCCAAGGAUGAAGAACAUGCUAAGAAUGCCAAAGCUGAGGUCACUGCAUAGGCACCUCUGAUGUGUAUUUGCAUACCGCAAAUCUACCAGGUGCUGUUUUCGGAGUCUCUUCGUUUCUCUGGCAUGCACUGCCAUGCUGAAUAGGCACUAGAACCUGCAAACGAGCCAAAUUCAAAUCCGAAUUUAUUUUGAAUCUUACUGCUGCAUGUAACUCGAACCUUGUCUCAGCUGCUUCCUCUUAGGGAAUAAAAUUCUCAUCUGCUUUGUUUUUC